UCCACUAAUUAAAUUUUAAAUCUGCUCUGGGGAAGAAAAAAAAACAUCUUGACUCUUAAUCUGAUGCAAGUCAAUCAUAUCUCAUUCAUUACACAUCACGCAUCACACACCACACAAUCACACUGAGGCUGCGGUACCCAACUUACCAACCCCAACUGAGAUUUUGAGGCAUGGAGUCCCUGAGACACCAGCUUUCCGAAACGCAAGAUGCGCUUCACAAGAAAACCAGCCAGUUCAGAGAUUUGCGUGCAAAGCACACAGAAGAGCUGAAUGAGUGGAAGCAGGAGAAGAUUAGUUUCGAUGCGACGCUGCGACGGCUCGAAGCCGAAGUUCUACAACUACGCCAAGGAAAUGGAGCUACCGGAAGUAGCGCGAAGCUACUACCCACCCCAGCAACGGAAGGAAUGAAGAAUGUAGGCGGAGGCUUAAAUCCGAAACCGACUUUGAUUAACGAAGGCAUCACCACCAGUGCGAAGGUGGGAGGUGGUGGCGAUGAUGAGACGGUCGUGAUAUCCCGUUCACGGAUGCGAGAGGCGGAGGAAAAGUUCGAGAAGCUAAAGGAAGAGCUAGCUGAAAAAACCAAGCUUUGCGAAUCCAUACAGCGACGCUUUCCGCCCCCAAGCUGCAGUGUCCGAGUCCCGGAAUUCAGCAUCACCGACGACGUGUUAAUUGUAAACUGGGAAAAAUUACGAAGCAUGAUCAGAGCCCUCACCUUGGAGAAACUCAACCAACCCAUCCAACCGAAGCUAGUGCCGGAAAAAGCACGAUCGGAAUUCGAGGCGCUGACGAGACAUUGGAAGUCGUACGUGGGCAACGAGAAAUUGACAUGCUAUAUCUUCCGAGCGCUCAUCUGGCGGUACCUGCAUACGUGUUUAUUGCGAAAGCACUGGCAGGUAUGGGGAAAGGAACAUGGCGACGCAGGUGUCAACCUGGCAAACCUAUUCCUGAAUAAGGCGUCCGACGACGAAUACCACGCCUGGCGAGUGCACACGCUCCGGCUCAUGCACCAAACCUGCAAGCCUGACCCGGGCAUCAUGAACGACGUGACGAACAAGAUAGUGGAAGCUACGAAACUAUUCGCGACCGGCGACGACACGGAUGACCUGAAGAAGAAGCUAUCGGAGAUUGUGGCCGCGGCGGCGGAAUUCAGCAGUAUCUUCGGUCGCUCACACUAUCAGACCUUGAUGACGGAUAAACCCGGCAGCCAGCUCAAUUACGGAUUCCCGUACAAGCCGGAAACGAUGGAUGUGAAGGGCAAGUUAGGAACACACACAAUUGUGGAUCUGAUGGUUACGCCAUGUCUGCUGAAGAAAGACCCGGAUUACGCUGUGCUGGUGAAAGCGGAGGUUAUCUGCUGAGGGGAGGGACUGUGAGAUUCGUGGAAUUAAUGAGAACUAGGUUCUUGCCUACCUAGGUGCGAUAAAAUGCAGAAUCGGUGGAGGCGCGAAAUGGAUUUGCGACGAGGCACGGAAAAUCUGAAUCAUGCGACGAUAGCAACGCAACAAUUGUUCUUAUCCAUGGAUGAGUAUGUGCUUCGUGAUAUGAAGCAUAAGAGGCCAUUGUUUGAUACCCAUCCCUAUUACUUAAGUCUUAGGUACCUACCUACAGUUAGAUAGGC